UUGAGAUAGUAGUGUUGCAUGCAAUAGUGUUGACAAAAGUGAGAAAUAUGGAUGAAGAAAAAGUGCCACUUUUGGUAACUGGACCUAGUAAAAGUCCUAUAGUGAAAUCUGAUGAGAGCGAAGGAGAAUCCUCAACAUCAGAAUCGUUAUCAGUUAGACUAGGUCUAACAGUAGUUAGAGAUUAUGGGACGGAUUUUCGCUCAGUUGGAAGAGUUAUUCCACCUGAAGAGCGGAUGACAUUUACCUGGAACGAUAUAAACGCAUACGCAAGGACAAAAACUACCAGAAGUAAAUUUUGUUGUUUUGGAUUUAUGAGUUACACAUUUGAUGAACAUAUACUAAAAAAUGUUGACGGUGUAGCGUACUCAGGAGAACUUUUGGCCAUAUUGGGUUCAAGUGGUUCUGGAAAAACAACCCUUUUAAAUACUCUAACAUAUCUUCCAAUGGAUGGAAUCAUCGUUUCAGGAAUGCGGUGUAUAAAUGGUGUGCCCGUAGAUCGUCACAGGUUAAGAAAUGUUUCAGCUUAUGUUCAACAGGAUGAUUGUUUUAUAACAACCUUGACAGUGCGAGAACAUUUAAUCUUUCAGGCUCUAGUAAGAAUGGAACGCACUGUGACAUAUGAUCAACGACUGAGAAGAGUUGAAGAAGUAUUAUCUGAAUUAUUGCUUAAAAGAUGCGAAAACACCGUAAUUGGCUCUACAGACAAGGGAGGCAUCUCAGGAGGAGAGAGAAAGCGACUGACGUUUGCCUCAGAAAUACUGACUAAUCCGCAUAUAAUGUUCUGUGACGAGCCAACCUCUGGUUUGGAUUCUUUUAUGGCCCUACAAGUUGUCCAAGCUCUAAAAGCUAUGGCACAAAAUGGGAAGACCGUUAUUUGCACCAUUCACCAACCUAGCUCUGAGCUAUACGUCUUGUUUGAUAAAAUUAUGUUGAUGACUGAAGGACUUACUGGUUUUAUGGGAACCAGAGAGGAUGCUGAUGGGUUCUUUAAAUCGAUGGAGGCCAGAUGUCCAAGAAACUAUAACCCUGCAGACUAUUUCAUAAAAUUGCUAUCAAUCAUUCCAGAUAGAGAGGAAUCCUGUAGACAAGCUAUUGCUCUAAUAGUGGCCAAAUUUCACAACUCUCCUUUGGGCAUCAAGAUAGCCACAGAAUCUGCUUAUAUAAGAGCCCAGGAAGAAGGCGAUAACACUAUAUGGAUUUCUAAUAACUUAAGGCCAUACAAAAAUUCAUGCUGGGCACAGUUUCGCGCCGUUCUCUGGAGAUCCUGGAUAAGCAUGUUAAAAGAUCCGCUGAUAAUCAAAGUUAGGUUUUUACAAACUGUGAUAACAUCUUUACUUAUAGGACUGAUUUAUUAUGGACAAGAAAUUAACCAGGAAGGGGUAAUGAACAUUAAUGGUGUUCUUUUUAUAUUUUUAACCAAUAUGACUUUCCAAAAUGUUUACGCUGUAAUCCAUGUAUUCACCGCAGAGUUGCCGGUGUUUCUUCGAGAACACCGAAAUGGCAUGUAUCGCACAGAUGUAUAUUUUAUCAGUAAAACAUUAGCAGAACUACCCUUUUUUAUAAUAUUACCCGUAUCAUUCACUGCAGCAUGUUAUUUUCUAAUUGGUCUAUACGGAACAGCAACGAAAUUUUUUAUCACCUGUGGAAUUGUCAUUCUAGUUGCCAAUGCUGCCUUAAGUUAUGGUUAUCUAGUGUCGUGUAUUUCAAGGAAUACCCCUAUGGCCUUGACGCUGGGUGCCCCUUUAGUCAUACCUUUUUUGCUCUUUGGUGGAUAUUUCAUGAAUCUAAGUUCGAUACCGUACUACCUCAAGUGGUUGUCCUAUUUUUCAUGGUUUAGAUUUGGAAAUGAAGCCCUUAUGAUUAAUCAAUGGGAAAAUAUAACUUAUAUUAAUUGUUCAACCAACAGCACAAUCUGUCCCAAAAAUGGACAUGUUGUUUUGGAAGCAUACAAUUUUGUAGAGGAAAACUUUACACUGGACAUUAUCGCACUAUGUAUGCUUAUACUUGGAUUCCGAUUCUUUGCAUACUUGGCCCUUUUAAACAAAACAUGUUCGUGUUAAUAAAAAUUUAUUAUAUAUUUGUGGUGUGUUCCAUUGAAUUGAAUCGUUUUUUAUAUUUUUAAUAAAAUAUUCCUUCGUGUUUGUAUACAAAAAUUUUAUAAUUUUUUAUGAAAUUUGUAGUUUAGAUAUUGACUAGUUUAUAUAAGCAUUUUAAAAUAAACG